GUGAAGGAGAUAGUGACUAGUGGUUGCGGUGUUAAGAGCUCCUUCUGACUGGGGCUCCCCGUGUCUCUCUCCAGAGGGCCGCGUGGAGGUCAGCAAGGAAGGGAAGGUGCUUUGCUACAUGUCCCCCGGCAAGGUCUUCGGAGAGCUGGCCAUCUUGUACAACUGCAAGCGAACAGCCACCAUCAAAGCCGCCACAUCAUGCAAACUCUACGCCAUCGACCGCAAGUGUUUCCAGACCAUCAUGAUGCGAACCUGUCUCAUACGGCAGGCAGAAUACACCAACUUCCUCAAGAGCGUGCCCACCUUCCAGUCGCUACAGGAGGAGACACUCAUCAAGAUCGCCGAUGUCUUGGAAGAGACUUACUACACCCAGGGUGACUACAUCAUCCGGCAGGGAGCACGGGGUGACACAUUCUUCAUCAUCAGCAAAGGCAGGGUGAGGGUGACCAUGAAGAGUCCCGGCACACUUGAGGAGAAGUACAUCAGAAAUCUUGAGAAGGGAGAGUUCUUUGGGGAGAAGGCACUCCAGGGAGAGGACAUCCGCACAGCCAACAUUAUUGCCGAUGAUCCAGACGGUGUGACAUGUCUAGUGAUCGACCGAGACUCCUUCAAGCAACUAAUAGGCAACCUGGAGGAGAUCAAGCAAUACUAUGGACCAGACAAAUCCAGGAGAAAGAUGAAUGAGGAGUUUGCCGCUGUUAAGCUCACAGAUCUACGUAGAAUUGCCACACUGGGUGUUGGAGGCUUCGGUCGAGUGGAACUUGUACAAAUUGCAGGAGACUCAAGUAGAUCAUUUGCCCUCAAGCAGAUGAAAAAGAGCCAGAUUGUUGAGACUCGCCAGCAGCAGCACAUAAUGUCUGAAAAGGACAUAAUGAUGGAAGCAAAUUGUGACUUCAUUGUGAAGCUUUUUAAGACCUUUAAGGACCGUAAAUACCUCUACAUGCUGAUGGAGUCCUGCCUAGGAGGAGAACUCUGGACGAUUCUCAGGGACCGAGGUAACUUUGACGACCCAACCACCAGGUUCUACACAGCCUGUGUGGUGGAGGCAUUUGACUACCUCCACUCCCAAGGCAUCAUCUACCGUGACCUCAAGCCAGAGAACCUCCUUCUUGAUCUCAAAGGAUAUGUUAAGCUUGUAGAUUUUGGAUUUGCUAAAAGACUGCAGGUUGGAAGAAAAACAUGGACAUUCUGUGGCACUCCUGAGUAUGUGGCACCUGAGGUCAUCCUAAACAAGGGCCAUGACAUCUCAGCAGACUACUGGUCCUUGGGAGUCCUCAUGUUUGAGCUACUCACAGGAACACCACCCUUCACCGGGCCAGAUCCCAUGAAGACCUACAACUCCAUCCUCAAGGGAAUAGAUGCAGUAGAGUUUCCUAGAAAUAUCACCAGGACAGCCAAUGCUCUUAUAAAGCGCCUGUGUAGAGACAACCCGGCUGAGCGUCUGGGGUACCAGCGGGGAGGCAUUAAAGAUAUACAGAAGCACAAGUGGUUUGAAGGGUUCUACUGGGAUGGCCUACAAAACCGCACCCUCAACCCUCCCAUCGUGCCAACAGUGCGUUCUGUUGUUGACUGCAGCAACUUUGAUGAAUACCCUCCAGAUAAUGACGGACCACCCCCAGAUGACACUUCAGGCUGGGACAUAGAUUUUUAAAACUUAACACUGUGAGGACACCAGUGCCUGAAGACAAUCUAUAGUUAUAUAUGCAAAUAUAUAUAUAACAAUAAUUUCACCUUUGAGGUUAAUGUUGAUAUUUUGUAAGAGUUUUUAUCAUCAAGAAGAGUAAAUAUGAGAGGAUUUCUAACUCUCAUCAAGAUGGAUUGUGUUGUCUCAAAUGUUCUCCCUAGCACAGUCCCCAAUUUGUGUAUCCAUGAGCUGUGACAAACCUAUUACUACCAUUUUUACUAAAGCAAAUGGUGCAGAGGAUAGUUCUGGCUGCUUCUUGGAAUUCAAUGAUAUCUCAUGAGAGAAGAGAGGCUGCACAGAAGAAAGGAAAACAGAAGGGAAGGAAACAGAAGAGGACAGAAGAGGAAAGAACAUUUUUAUCACCAGUGACUAAUGUUAAUUGUUGAGUCCUGAAGGCAGCAACUCUGGCAUAGCAACAGGGUCCACAUUUUUUUCUGUGUUAACUAAAGUGUUGAGUAUGAUGAACUAACAAUCCCUGUAUCACUGUCCCUAUGAAGAGUUUUGACUGUGAAUGUGCCACAUUUAACACUUGGAAAUAAAGUACUUUUUACCUACUAUAUUGUAGAGUAUAGGGAAUGCAGUACAUUGGUGUAUUCCAGCAUAUAUUUGUAUAUGCACAGAAUUUGACGUGUUAUCUCAGUAUAGAGGCUAAGUAUUUCCAGAAAGAAAACUAAUAGAGCUUAUAAUUUCAUCAUGAGUGUGAGAACUUUCUCAGGAAAAUGACAAAGGUGCCUUGUCCUAGUGACCUAACCAGCAAGCGGCUCACCUGUGGCCAACCAUCACUGCAUAGGUUGUUAUUUUCUACUACUGCAUUCUUUUCUCUUGUCACAUACUCAUUUUUUUAUUUCUUAUUAGGCAAUUGGUUGCAAUCCGACUCCAAAUAUACAUAUAUUGCAAAAUAUAGACUACUCAUGGAAAGCACAUAUUCCAUUUACAUCUUUGCAAAUAACUAAUUGGUUGAAGCUUUUCACUUUUGUGCAUUUACAUGUAAAACAUAGAACUCCUUGUGGUAUUCCCUUCAAAAUAGUAUAUUUGAUCUUUUUUCACUGAACUUUAUCCACUUGCAAUGCAAAAGUAUGAUGGAACUAUUGCCCCGUCACAAGCAAGUAAUACAAUGCUGCAUCAUCAGAAAGGUCCUCUGCUCUAGUUAGGAAGCCUUGCUAAAUGUGCUCUUGACAUGUUUGAUACAGCCUGGGACCAUCACUGAGACAGCUGCCAGCUGACCAGUGUGGAUGGAGCACACCUGAAAUUGGGACUCCUUACUGCAGUUGUUGGUUAUUGUGAAGAAAAUAUAUUUUAUUAAUUGUCAUAAUUUGCACAACUCAUAGUAUAUACAUAUAUGUUAAGGUUUGAACAUGAAAUUUUGAAUCGAUCACAAACCAACAAAAGUUUUAUGAACUUAAGCUCUAGUUAAGCCUUGUUAUUAGGUGUUGAAAUGUGCAGCUUGUCAUUGACUUGUGGUGCUUGCUUGAGGUCUAUUUUUGAUGGUGCAGUAUUGUAUUGUCUAAAUGUAAUAAAAGGGCUUCCAUCUUUGGUUGCAUUCCUCUCAUCCAUUAGACUGUGAAGUCAGUGUUACAGUCCAUUGCUUAAUUUCUUUCUCUUCCUAAUUGCUAUAUUUUGUUGCACAUGAGAUGCUUCUGAAAUGCUGAAAAAUUAUUUGCAACUAAAAUGACAGAGGCAUAUAUUUGGAACACCAUAGUCAGAAUGUAAUCCUAGCUCAUUAAACACCAGACAAAAGCCUUACAGAGAAACUAUGAGUGAGGAAUUUAAUUACAUGCUUGUGUAAUGGUGCACAAAACCUAAAGUUUUGUUCAGCAUGACUCAUGUUGUACCAGUAUUGGUGAUAGAUAAAUCAUAUCCACAUAAAGAGAUUAUGGUAUCAUUUGUAUAUGAUGUGAUGGAUUAUGAGCUUGAUAUUGAGAGCUGAGUAACAUUUCUUAAAAAAAAAAAAAUCUAAUAUCUUAUAUGCCACAAAAUAUGGUAAGGUCAUUUUAAGUUACACAUAUUCCCUUUCAUCUUUCCAUCAGAGGAAAAAAGCCUGCUGUUGUAAAGUUUUAAGUCUCUCUUUACUUUCAUGUGGUAGCAAUGGCAAUGACCACACUUGUCACCCAGUGCUUUCUAAGUACAGAUAACACCUGUUAUGUGUAUUGCCAAUUUGAAAAUUGUGAAUUCUCAAAUAGUGAUGCUAAGAUUACGUUGAUAUUGUUCUUUAUGCCAGUUAAAUAACAAAAAUGGACAUCUUUUAAAAAAAUAUUACAUAUUCACCUGGUAUAAUAGAAAAAUCUGAAGUUGCAAAAGUUUAUAUAUUUUUAUUUUGAAUAAACAAACAAAUAUAGAUGAGUGACAGUAAACAUCAUCAUUUGAGAGCUUGAAUUAAACCAUUCAGUUACUAUGAAUACUUGAUGAUCAGUUCUUCACCUGUCAAGGUACAGCCAAAUGCAAUGCUCCACACAACAGCCUGAAUAGCUUGGUAGCCGUUUGGUGCUGUGAUGUGAAUGAAUGACUAUAGUCGGUAACAAUUAGAGGUUGUGGAAAAGCAAGACUUGCCAUCCUCAGCCACACUGGUGACACUCGACAGUUACAAAGUUAAGUAGAUAGGCAAACAUGCUUCAAUGAAGGCAAAUUCUAACAUGCAAAAUAGGGCUACAGUAACGUCAAUUAAUACAGAUUAGCAGCAACUUCACAUCUAGAAGAGCUUUGUGGCACUGGCGUGGCUGAAGGCAGUGAGUCUGUGCUUUGUCAGUGUAGUGAGAGGUAGACUGGCUGUGGAGGCAACAACAAUGACUGUGGAUGGAUACUCUCCCUCUUUUCAUCCAUAAGACUAAUGUAUAUAGAUUUUUAUUUAAUGUGAAUGGUGCUUGGAAAUAUCUCUUUUAAAAAACAGUAGGAAAUAGUAGUUCCUUCCGUAUAAGGUUGUUCUCGUGGUCUGUGGGCUCUGUUUAGUGUUAUACUGUUUGGGUGUCAACUGCUGCCACUCUCUGUGGAUACUAUUGUUUUUAUCUUUUUUUAAAUCAUAAUUUUUCAAAAACUUGAUUCCCUUUUUUUCCUCAUUAUGUCAGCAGGUGCUAAACUUGAAUGUGAAUGUGAAAAAUGUCAGGCUGAAUAUUAUUUUGUUGAUGAUUAUUAAAAUAUUUUUUCCAA